GUAAGCUUCUGAGAGGAUUUGAUCCCGUUUAUCCCAAGAGCCUCUGGAUUGACACAAAAACAUUUUGCAAUGGACUUCCUUUUCAUAUGGUUUUUGACAAAGAGCUCAGAGUGAAGCAAGCUGGGGUGAGCAUUCAAAAGAUUGUACCUGGCCUUCAGACCAUGGGCAUCUGCUUGGAUCACUAUUUCAGUAUUGUUCACCCAGAAGUACCCUUCACCAUCUCUAGCAUUCAGAAAUUCAUCAACAGCCAAUUUGUUUUCCAGACUAGAAGAGAGAUGAUGCCAGAGUCAUGGAAACAACGGCCAAUGCUAGAGCUGAGAGGCCAGAUGAUCUGGAUGGAGUCCCUGCAGUGCAUGCUCUAUCUCUGCUCACCUUUGCUUCGCACUUUGCAUGAACUGGAGGAGCGACAAAUGCAUAUUGCAGACAUUGCACCUCAUGACGUGACCAGGGAUUUGAUUCUUCUCAAUCAGCAGCGACUGGCAGAGAUGGAGCUCUCUAACCAGCUGGAGAGGAAGAAGGAAGAACUGCGGAUAUUGUCAAAGCACCUGGAGGAAGAGAAGAAAAAGACUGAAGCUCUGCUCUAUGCCAUGCUUCCUCAGCAUGUGGCCAACCAGCUGAAAGAGGGGAAGCAAGUUGAGGCAGGAGAGUUCAAGGAGUGCACUAUAUUGUUCAGUGAUGUUGUGACUUUUACCAACAUUUGUGCCCAAUGUGAACCUAUUCAGAUAGUUCUCAUGUUAAAUUCAAUGUACCUGCGAUUUGACAGACUGACCACGGUGCACGAUGUGUACAAGGUGGAGACAAUUGGAGAUGCCUAUAUGGUAGUAGGUGGGGUCCCUGUGCCUGUACCCACUCAUGCUGAGCGAGUUGCUAACUUUGCCUUGGGGAUGAUAAUAGCAGCUAAAGGAGUACAGAACCCAGUUUCUGGAAAUCCUAUCCAAAUUAGAGUUGGGAUCCAUACAGGUCCUGUCUUGGCUGGAGUUGUUGGAGAAAAGAUGCCUCGUUAUUGCUUGUUUGGAGACACAGUGAAUAUAGCUUCCCGGAUGGAGAGUCAUGGUGUCCCGAGUAAAAUUCAUCUAAGCUCCAGUGCCUAUCAAUGCCUAAAAUACAAGAAUUUUGAGAUGACUGAAAGAGGAGAAAUAGAAGUAAAAGGCAAAGGGAAAAUGCACACAUACUUCCUCAUUAGAAAUAAAACUGCAACUGAGAAUGAGAUUAUGGGAAGGCCAAUGAAAGACUUAGAUUCUGGCCAUGAAUCUGUUCAGUCCUUUCAGGAAGGCAGGACUGAAACGAUACCAAGUUGUCAUCAGCCAGUUUCUCAGACUCAGCCAGAGAAGGACCAGACCCCAGCCAUCGCGAUGAAGUAUAUUGAUGGCCCCACAGAUGCACAAAACAGCCUCAAAAGAAGAAAUCAAGCAAAAAUUGCAGAUUUAACAGGCAAAACUUAUGAUUCCAAAAGCGAUGGGAGUCUCCAUGGCAACCAGCAGGCAGAUGAUGGUCCUUGUCCUCUAAACCGGGGAAGAGUCAAACCUGCUACUGAAGAGCCACAGAUUAGAAACGUUCGCUCUAAUUUUUGCACUUUACUCUAA